UUUUUUAGGCAUUUUCUUUCUCCGAUGGUAAAAUCAUUGUGGUUAUUGUUUAGCUCUGGAAAACCAAGACGUAUUAAGUGCCACAAUGUCCAGUAAUUGGAUAAAGAAGGAGCCCUCCUUUUGCUAUAGGGAAAAUAUAAAGGUUGAGCAACCUGACGAUGAUCGGAAGGACUCUCUCUGGCGGCGUUGUGUGAAAUCCGAACCCCCUGAAGAAAAGCCCAGCAUCUCGUCAAAGAUAAAGAAAAUGAUAAAACUAAAUGAUAAAAUCUCUGAUGCCAUAAAGGCGAAGGCCAGGGCCAGGAAAAAGCUAAGGAAGCAGGCGAAAGCGGCGAAAGCGGCGGUAUCAACGGAUCCCAGGAGUGCGGUUAAAAAGAAAAAGAAGCGUACGAAGCAAAAGCAGCAAAAGCAGCAGGCGCUUAAGAUGGCAAGUGCCCCCAAGAAGCCAAAGGGUCCAGGUCCUUUUAAUGCUGGCCAUCCCAAUGGAUCAACGAAUGACAACCUGACGAUGGCCCUGGUGGACGAACUCCACGAGGACGGCCGUCUGCUCAACGAAAAGUGGGAGGAGAUCGAGACCAGACUGGCCCACAUGGUGACUGACAGAGUCUUGGCCAAGCCAGAGGGUCCUGUCCCGUCCUUCGACUCAUCCGAAGUGAUCCGAGGCCACCGAGUGAUUAGGUGCGUCGACGGCUUUUCAAAAAUAUUUCUAGAGGCAUGCGUUGUCACCAUAGGCGACUCGUGGGAUGGAAUGCGCAUCAGGCUCGUCCAUGUCAGCGACAUUCCGUGGCGACCUCAAGCGCGCAUCUGGUUGCCCCACGGUCAAACGGACCACAAUCGCAUCCUGAUCUGCUUGAGAGCGCAGAACCUAGACGUAGACAUGUCCGACUGGUCCAUCCUGAGGGCGGAGGAAAUUUGGAAGACGAGUCAGGCUUUCCUGCUCCUCAUCAAUCGCAGGUGUAUCCCGCAACUGGAAGCAGUGGACUACAAGGUUCGCUACGGCAUAAGAAUGGCCAAAAUCGACGUUUUUUUAAGCGAAACAGACGUGUUGCCAAAGGAGGAAGAGACGUGAAGACGUCGUGAAGGAAGAUUUUCCGCACUCCAGUGCAGUCCGCCAUUUUUCUUAAGAAGCAUGAAAUCCUCAGGCUUAAAGCCAUGUUCAUUAGCAUACAGAAAUAUUUAAAAAAAACACUAAUCUAAUAAAUGUACAUUUGAUAUUAGAUUCCAAA